AUGGCUUACAACGUCCUCGUAACAGGCUCAUCCGGCCAUCUCGGCACAGCUCUUAUGCUCUCCCUCCCGACAUUCGGCUUCACGCCACUCGGGAUCGACAUCUUACCCUCUGAGAACACAACACACGUUGGAUCAAUCUCAGACCGUGAAUUUGUAACAUCUCUUCUUCAGAAACACCCCAUCCAGCAUGUCCUUCACGCUGCGACGUUGCAUAAACCCCAUGUCGAGAGUCACUCCAAGCAAGACUUCAUCGACACAAACAUCACUGGUACCCUCGUCCUUCUCGAAGAAGCCGCCAAGCUCGACGCCCAGAUCGAGAGCUUUGUCUUCUUCAGCACAACAAGCACAUUCGGCGCAGCACUGAGUCCCAAGCCCGGCCAACCCGCCGCCUGGAUCGACGAGACCGUCGUCCCCAUUCCCAAAAACAUCUACGGCGCUACAAAAGUCGCAGCAGAAGAUCUAUGCUUCCUCGUCCAGAAGCAAACAAACAUGCCCGUCGUCAUUCUCCGCACGAGCCGCUUCUUCCCAGAGCAGGAUGACGAUGAAGAUCGCAGAGCAGCUGUCUCAGACGACAACCUCAAAGUGCUCGAACUAGCGUAUCGCCGCUGUGACAUUGAAGACAUUGUCCGGGCGGCAGUCUGCGCGAUGAAGAAAGCGCGGGAGGUCCAGUUUCGGAAAUACAUCAUCAGCGCGCCGCCGCCUUUUCCCAACGAUGUUGACACGCUGGCGAUGCUGGACAAAGACCCUAAGCAGGUGUUUGAGGCUGUUGCGCCGGAGUGUGUGCAGGUGUUCAAGGAUAAGGGGUGGAGUCACUUGAACAGGAUCGACCGGGUCUAUGAUUCUAGCAAGGCGGUUGAGGAAUUGGGUUGGAAGCCGGAGUUCACGUUCAACAAGGUUGUCGAGUUGAUUGGGGAGGGCAAGGAGUGGAAGAGCGAGUUGACGGGGAAGGUUGGGAAGAGAGGAUACCAUGCUGUCAGCCAUGGUGUUUACACUUUCCGAUGA